CAGUUGGUGGCGCUAAUGCACCAAAACAACCUUUACACCCAGAAGUUAAAAGGUUCAAAGUCCCCAAAUCCGGAUCUGUGCGGUUGUUUCUCCUCCGUCAUGAACCGACUGAGGAUCAUUUCUGGACACCUGUGUCCCGCCGGCUCCUCCGAGCUUCGGCGGGACCUCCGGAGCUCAGCCUGCGGCUCCACGGCGGGAUGCUCCGGGGAGGACGUGGUGGUGGUCCACGGGCGGAGGACCGCCAUCGGACGGGCUAAGAGGGGAGGGUUUAAGGACACCACACCUGAUGAGCUGCUGAGCGCCGUGAUGACAGCUGUGCUGACAGAUGUUGGACUGCCUCCUGACAAACUGGGCGACGUCUGCGUGGGAAACGUGUUGCAGCCUGGAGCUGGCGCUCUGAUGGCCAGGGUGGCUCACUUCCUCAGCGGUUUUCCAGAGACCGUUCCGGUCUACACGGUGAACAGGCAGUGCUCCUCAGGCCUCCAGGCGCUUCUUAAUAUCGCAGGAGCCAUCCGGAGCAGAACCAUCGAUCUCGGACUCGCCUGCGGAGUGGAGAGCAUGACUCUGAGAUCGAUGAAUAAUCCUGGAGAUCUGAGCUCCAGGCUUUCGGACCACCAGAAGGCUCGAGACUGCAUCAUUCCCAUGGGCUUGACGUCGGAGAAUGUUGCGGAGCGCUUUGGGAUCUCCAGGGAGCAGCAGGACUCGUUCUCUCUCAGCUCUCAUCAGAAAGCGGCUCGAGCUCAGAACUCGGGUCGGUUCGACUCGGAGAUCGUUCCCGUGUCCGUCACCUUAGUGGACGAUGAGGGCAGAGAGCGCCAGGUGACGGUGAGUAAAGAUGAAGGCAUCAGAACCGGAACCACGCUGGCUGGACUAUCCAAACUCAGACCGGCCUUCAAACCCGAUGGCAGCACCACAGCAGGUAACUCCAGUCAGGUGAGUGAUGGAGCAGCAGCUGUGCUGCUGGGCCGCAGGUCUGCCGUAGAGGCUCUGGGUCUGCCGGUUCUGGGGGUUCUGAGAGCAAGUGCCGUGGUGGGGGUCCCUCCGGACAUGAUGGGAAUUGGACCAGCGGUCGCCAUUCCUGCAGCGCUGCAGCAGGCAGGACUCCGCCUGGAGGACAUCGAUGUGUUUGAGAUCAAUGAGGCCUUCGCCAGUCAGGCCGUGUUUUGUGUGGAGAAACUGGGAAUCCCGCUGGAGAAAGUGAAUCCCAACGGGGGCGCCAUCGCUCUGGGUCAUCCUCUGGGAUGCACCGGAGCCCGACAGGUGGUCACGCUGCUGAAUGAGCUCCGGCGCAGAGGCAAGAGGGCAUACGGAGUCGUGUCCAUGUGCAUCGGCACAGGGAUGGGAGCCGCUGCCGUGUUCGAGUAUCCCGGACCGUAGCGGCAAACACCAGACCAAGACCCGAUCGCUGCUAUCUGACAACACGCAGCACCUGGAGCGGGAAACAGCCGGAGGGCUUCUGAUUCAGAUAACGAUUAAAGAUGCCGAUUCUGUCUUUUACGGCCUGGUGAAAGACUUCAGCUCCGCCUGCUGGCUUUUUCCCCUCCAUGCGUUCCCAACAUGGACUUCACAUCAGAAUCGGCUGAAAUAAACUGGAAAGAUUCUCCAAACAUUCUGAGCCAUGAACUAAACCGUUCUGGUUCCUGCAGAACCUGCAGCAGAACCUCUGAGCACCUCCUGGAUCGGAUCCUUUCAGAUGCGGAAACCUGAUUAAACUAACACCCGUUUCUAAGCAGACUGAACAUUUAGCAAAAUAAAAGCGCUUUACUGCUGGGAGGCUUUUAUUGUGACGUAGCUUCAGGAAGCUGAGUAGGCAGUGAGUCUGUUUAACUGGGUUAACUGGUUAACUGGGUUAACUGGUUUAACAGCUGAACUAAACAGAAAAAUGUUAACUUCAGAGUUUAAAGUGCCUUUAAAACUGCAGUGCUUUCAAAAUAAAAGUCAAAUCAAACCUUUAAUCUGAAAGAAUUCAGAUAAUAAAACAUGUCAACAUCAA